AAAAAUUUGGCAGGCCCUUCAAAGCCAAAACAGAUUAUUAAGGGAUCAAGUGUUGGGCCUCUUUGGUCUAGAAAACAGACAGACAGUCUAAAGGUCUUGAACCAUGGUUCUUCUUUAGACCUUAGGGUGAACAAGUCGAGGAUGGGCAAUAAACCGGGUAAGGGGAAUGGGUCGUCUACUAGGCCAAUGACAAGUGAGGAUUCGACUCUUCAUAACCGAAUACUGGAGAAACCUAAUCGGCAACAUCAAUUGGAGGCAUCAGUUACUGAAAAUGAAAUCAAGGAUCAAGCUGGAGGUGAUGGGUUUACAGAUUCGGAAUUAGCUACUCCUAACAGUGACAAUGUUGCAGAUCCCAUUGGAGGCCUCAACCCCAGCAGACACACAACAAUAUCCUUCAAGGAUCUUAAAAACCCAGACGACGAUGUAUUGACGGAGGGGGGCUUCGCUUCAAUUUCAGGGGUUGAAAAAUUAAAGACGCCGAGAAGGAUUUUAGGGGAGAAAUUUGAGGGAGCACGUGUUUCUAAAAAUUAAUAAAUUAUCCAUGGGCAAUGGAGCAAGUUUAAGGUAAACAGUAUCUCUAAAUCUUUGUUGCAUGAUUCAAUGACUUUAUUGGUUGAGUAUAUUUCGACAGAGCUUAUAGAGGAGUUGGGACCAAGUGACCCAAAUUUAGUUAAAAGACCUCAGGCCUAAAUUGUAUUCACUGGACAGUAAGGUUUUUAGUUUACUUCUAAUUACUUUAUUUUAUAUGGAUUUAAAUCUAACUAUAUUUUCUUGGAA